GAUUACCACCCUCCUAUUGUUUUGUUUUCUCUCAUAUCUCAAUCUUGCUACCAUAUACAUAGCAUCCAUAUAUUGUGUAUAUUGUAUAAUCUAAUUCAAGAAGCUCAACUUGGGUCCUAAAGUCUCAACAUAACAGAUAUUAAAAAAUCCCUUGUUUGUCCCAGUGGCUUCACUGGAAUGAAUCUAUUGAUUGUCAAGAAAUUUGGAAGUGAAUUUUGUGGUUUAUUUAAUGGGCUGCUACUGUUCAACUUCAAAGAAAGCCAAAACACCCGGUUAUGAGGAGCCCACUGUUCUUGCUUCUGAGACACCUUUUACUGUGAGUGAAGUAGAGGCCUUACAUGAACUCUAUACGAAGUUGAGCAAUUCAAUUAUUGAAGAUGGUCUUAUUCACAGGGAAGAAUUCCAGCUGGCACUUUUCAGGAAUAAAAACAAGAGAAAUCUGUUUGCAGACAGGAUUUUUGACUUAUUUGAUGUCAAGCGUAAUGGGGUCAUUGAGUUCGGGGAAUUUGUUCGAUCAUUGGGUGUUUUCCACCCAAAUGCAUCUUUAGAAGACAAGGUUGCAUUUACUUUUAGGUUGUAUGAUCUGAGGCAGACAGGGUAUAUUGAACGGGAUGAGCUGAAGGAGAUGGUAUUAGCACUUCUGCACGAGUCGGAUCUUAUGCUUUCAGAGGAUAUGAUUGAAGCCAUUGUGGAUAAGACUUUUAGUGAUGCUGAUACAAAAGGUGAUGGAAGGAUCGAUCAAGAUGAGUGGAAAGCACUUGUGUCUAAACAUCCAUCCUUGAUAAAGAACAUGACUCUACCAUAUCUAAAGGAUAUUACCUUAGCAUUCCCCAGUUUUGUCGUAAAAUCAGAAGUUGAAGACUCAGAGGUGUGACUUGGGAAGUUUUGGCUUCAAUGAGAAUGCUAUUAUUUAUUUCAUCUCCUGAUAAUUCUUGCUGUUAAGAGAUGACCUUCCCUGCGGUGCCAGUGACAAGGAUAUCCGUACAAUUUCAUGCGUGGCUCCAGAGCAAAACUCACAGACUUUGGUUUUGCAAAAGCUCAAACAUGAAGUGAGCUUUUCUCUAGUAGAAACGCCUAAACCUAUGCUCAUAGUGAUAUCUAAGGCUAACAAAAGCAUUAUUGUAAUGCAAGGCUAGCUUGUACAUUUAUGUAUAAAUAUAUGAGAUGUAAGUGGAGUAGCAGACAAUGAGAUUCGGCCAUCUUGCUGCUAGUGAUU